CACAGGAGCUCGUAGAACCCUAAACCCCCCAAGAAGCUGCCAUGGCCGAACCACAGCAGCACCCACCCAACGAUAUCCAAAGCGACGACGACGACGACGACGACCAUCACCACACCUUCGAAACCCUCGGACUCGACGGCCGCCUCAUUCGCGCUCUAAGCAAGAAGAAGAUCCUCAACCCCACCCCCAUUCAGCGCGUCGCUAUUCCUCUCAUCCUCGAAGGCAAGGAUGUGGUGGCGAGAGCAAAGACCGGUUCCGGCAAGACCUUUGCUUAUCUGCUCCCUCUGCUUCAGAAACUCUUCACUGCUUCCGACGAACCCAACAAGAAACUCGCUCCCAGGGCCCUUGUUCUUGUCCCUACUAGGGAACUCUCUCAGCAGGUUUAUAAGGAGGUCAGGUCUUUGAUUGAACUGUGUAGAGUUGCAUUGAAAGUCGUACAGUUGACAAGCAACAUGCCUACUUCUGAUUUGCGCACAGCUUUGGCCGGACCGCCUGAGAUUGUGGUUUCGACUCCUGCUUGUGUGAAGAAGUGCUUGUCGGAUGGUGUUCUUCAAGCAGCGUCAAUCGAUGAUUCACUGGAAAUGCUUGUGCUUGAUGAGGCUGAUCUUCUUUUGUCAUAUGGGUAUGAGGAAGAUAUAAAAGCUUUGACACCUCACAUUCCUAAACGUUGCCAAUCUCUUCUCAUGUCUGCCACACAAAGUGAUGAUGUUGAGAAACUCAAAAAGCUCAUUCUACAUAAUUCAUACAUUUUGACUUUGCCCGAAGUUGGAGAAGUCAAGGAUGAGGUCAUCCCGAAAAAUGUUGAGCAGUCCUGGAUAUCAUGUACUGCUCGUGAUAAGUUACUUUACCUCCUUUGCCUCUUAAAGUUGGAGUUGGUUCAGAAAAAGGUUCUGAUAUUUACUAAUACGAUAGACACAUCCUUCAGAAUAAAGCUAUUCUUGGAAAAGUUUGGCAUAAGAUCUGCUGUUUUGAAUUCUGAGUUGCCUCAAAAUUCUCGUAUCCACAUUCUUGAGGAAUUCAAUGCUGGUCUUUUUGAUUAUUUGAUUGCAACCGAUGACAGAGAAACGAAGGAGAAGGAAGAGAAUAAGCAGAAAAAUGCCGAAUCAAAACAAUCUAGGAAACAUUCCAAACCCAAACCCAAAGCUGACUCUGAAUUUGGAGUGGUGCGAGGAAUUGACUUCAAGAAUGUGCACACGGUCCUGAACUUUGAUAUGCCUCUUAGUCUUGAAGGAUAUGUUCAUCGAAUUGGUCGUACCGGAAGAGCGUACAGUACUGGUGCUUCUGUAUCUCUUGUAUCUCCAGAUGAGAUGAUUGUUUUUGAAGAGAUAAAGUCCUUUUUGGGGGACGAUGAAGAAAAGGAUUCAAAUAAACUUGUUCCAUUUACGCUACUGACCAAAAAUGCCGUGGAGUCUUUAAGAUAUAGAGCCGAGGAUGUCUCAAAGAGUGUGACAAAACUUGCUGUGAGAGAAUCCCGAGCCCAGGAUUUGAGGAAUGAAAUUCUCAAUUCUGAAAAGUUGAAGGCUCAUUUUGAAGCUAACCAAAAGGAUCUAGAUCUUCUGAAACAUGACAAGGUUCUGAGCAAGAAGCCCCCUGCUCCUCACCUAAGAGUUGUGCCUGAUUAUCUAUUAGAUGCAACUACUAAAGAAGCCAGCAAGAGAGUUAAGCUUGCCAGAGCUGCAAUGGGUAAUAACAACCCUGGCCGCCGCCAGGGAUUCAAGAAAAAAUUCAAGAAAGAUAAGGACCCCCUUAAGUCUCUUUGUGCUCAGGGACAUAAGAAAGGAAGAAGGGAAAGAAAAGAGGGCAAUGACAACCAUAAGCAAAAAAGACAGAAGACUUGAACCUAUCUCAUCCAAAUUUUGUAUCAAUUUUUAGUUUUGCUUUGAAAGGGUACAUACGUAUCAUUUACCGAUUAGCUAUUGAAAUAUAAGAUACAAAACAAUGAAACAGAUGAUCGUAUCAUCAUCCAUAUGUGGACGUACUUGCAGCAAAUGGUGGCGGGCAAGUACAGUAAACUCGAUCAUUAGUUGUAUGAAACUUUAUUUUCGGCUAGUCAGUUAUUUUCAGCUAGUUUUGCUGACAAAACU